AACGAGGCAACACCACGCGGCCGUCCACCUGGCGGGGGAGGCCGACGCGCGGGCCCCGUGACGUGCAGGGCCUGCCUUCAACGAUGGGAUCGAGGCGGCGAAGUGGUCAGCGAGACACGCACGGCCGCGGGGGUGGGCGGAUCCAAUCGGCCGGCCGGACCCGGCCAACCACCGUCCUGGCUGCCGCUUCCCAUCCCGUUCGGAUUCCAAGUUCAACUUCCAGUUUUCCAAAAUCCAACCCCACGCCGCCGCCGUGGUCGUGGUCGCCACCCACCACGACUCUUCCACCCCGAGACCCUCCUCCGCCCAUUUCGAUUUCGAGCCACACGGCAGCGCGGCGAGAGAUCGAUUGAAAAGCGGGAGCCGUGUUGAGCGCGACCAAGGAGAGCCGGGCGCCCCGGCGGCGAUGGAGCGCGGCGACCACGGCGGCCACCCGCCGCACUACCCGCCGUACCACCACCCGUACCCGCAGCCGCAGCCGUAUCCUUACGGGUACCAGUACCCGCCGCCGCCGCCCGCCGAGGCGGGAGCGCCGUACCUCGCUCCGUCGCCCACCUUCCCGGGCUACGCCCCCGCCCCGCCGCAGCAGUACCACUCCGGCCAGCUACAGGCCUACCCCCCGCCGGCGCAGCACCACGCGUACCCGCCGCCGGCGCAUCCCUCGCCUUACGGCCCCGGGUACGGACCCUACCCCUCCUCCUCCUCCUCCCCGUACCCAUCCUCCUACCCGAGCCCCAACCAGAGCCCCGCGCUCUCACCAAGCUCCAGCUUCCACCACCAGCACGCCCCCGCGCCUGAACCCGCCUACACCGCGCCUGAACCUCCCUCGGCCGCGCCCUCCGCCCCGUCCUACCCCAUCGAGGAUGUCCUCUCCACCAUGCGCCUCUCCGACCGUUACGACUACGCGCCGUCUCCCUCCGUGCCCCCGCCCUCGACCCCCUUCUCGGGCGGCGGGAUGCAGGUGGUGCCCUACGGUGCGCCCGCGGGAGGCGGGAGCAGCCACGGCGGUGGGAUGCAGGUGGUGCCCUACGGCGCGGCCGGGGGAGGGUCGCAGCACGGCGGGAGCUUCAGGGCGUCGCUCAAGGUGGUGUUGCUCCACGGCACCCUCGACAUCUGGGUGCACGACGCACGCCACUUGCCCAACAAGGACAUGUUCUCCAAGAGGGUCGGCGAACUCCUCGGCCCGCGCAUCACCAGUGCCGUCGGCAGCAAGAUGUCCAGCGCGUCCAUGACCAGCGACCCCUACGUCACCGUACAGGUCUCCUAUGCUACCGUCGCGCGGACCUACGUCAUCCCCAAUUGCGAGAACCCCGUCUGGUCGCAGAACUUUGUCGUGCCCGUCGCGCAUGAGGCCGCCGAAGUCCAGUUUGUUGUCAAGGACAGUGAUGUCUUCGGUGCUCAGAUCAUUGGUGCGGUGGCCAUCUCCGCUGAGAAGCUUUUGACAGGGGAGAGGAUUCAGGGUGUCUACCCUCUGCUUGAGCCCAAUGGCAAGCCGUGCGCCCCGGGAGCUGUCCUGCAUCUGUCCAUACAGUUCAUCCCUGUCGCUUGCCUCACAAUGUACCACCAUGGGGUCAUUGCUGGUCCGGACAGUCAUGGCGUACCCCAUACUUACUUCCCACUUAGGCGUGGCAUGAGGGUGACACUGUAUCAAGACGCGCAUGUGCCUGAUGGUUGUCUCCCAGAUAUAUGGCUUGGCAAUGGGCUGCGCUACAAGCACGGGCAGUGCUGGCGCGACAUCUAUGAGGCCAUAUGCCAGGCGAGGAAGUUGAUUUACAUUGUGGGGUGGUCAGUUUUCCACACGAUCCACCUUGUGAGAGACGGGACUCAGGCUCCAUCACUUGGGGACCUGUUGAAGAUGAAGUCACAGGAAGGUGUCCGGGUGCUUCUACUUGUUUGGGAUGAUCCAACAUCAAGGAGCAUUCUUGGAUUUAAGAUGGAUGGUUUCAUGGGCACACGAGAUGAGGAGACUCGCAGAUUUUUCAAGCAUUCUUCAGUUCAUGUGUUGCUUUGCCCACGAUCUGCUGGAAAACGACACAGCUGGGUGAAACAGCAGGAAACGGGAACCAUAUUUACUCAUCAUCAGAAAACAGUUAUUGUGGAUGCUGAUGCUGGCAACUAUAGAAGAAAGAUAAUUGCGUUUGUCGGAGGCCUUGACUUAUGUGGUGGGCGAUAUGAUACACCUUGGCAUCCUUUGUUUCGGACUCUUCAGACUGUGCACAAGGAGGACUAUUACAAUCCCAACUUUGCUACAGUUGAUGCCCGUGGCCCAAGGGAACCGUGGCAUGAUUUGCACUCUAAGCUUGACGGUCCAGCUGCUUAUGAUGUUCUACAAAACUUCCAGGAACGUUGGUUAAAGGCAGCUAAACGCCAUGGGAUUAAAAAGUUGGCAAAAUCGUAUUAUGAUGCUCUGCUCAGUAUUGAAAGAAUACCAGAGUUUAUAAACAUAAAUGAUGCAACAUAUUUUAGCGACAGUGAUCCAGAGACAUGGCAUGUUCAGGUGUUCCGGUCUAUUGAUUCAAACUCCGCCAAGGGAUUUCCGAAGGAUCCACGAGCAGCAACCAUGAAGAAUCUUGUUUGUGGAAAGAAUGUACUUAUUGACAUGAGCAUACAUACUGCUUAUGUGCAUGCUAUCCGGGCAGCCCAGCACUAUAUAUAUAUUGAGAAUCAGUACUUUAUUGGUUCUUCUUUUAAUUGGGAUUCAAACAAGGACCUAGGGGCUAACAAUUUAAUACCAAUUGAAAUUGCUCUCAAAAUUGCAAACAAGAUCAAGGCAAACGAAAGAUUUUCUGCAUAUAUAGUGGUUCCUAUGUGGCCUGAGGGUAAUCCGACUGGUGCCGCUACACAAAGAAUUCUUUACUGGCAGAACAAAACCAUGCAAAUGAUGUAUGAGACAAUAUAUAGGGCCUUGAAAGAAGCAGGCCUGGAUGAUAUGUACGAGCCUCAGGAUUAUUUAAAUUUCUUCUGUCUUGGCAACCGUGAAGUUGAGGACAGCACUUCAAAUGCAUCAAAUACAGGAAACAAUCCUCAGGAACAAGCUAGGAAAAAUAGGAGAUUCAUGGUCUAUGUACAUUCAAAAGGCAUGAUUGUGGAUGAUGAGUAUGUGAUCAUUGGAUCAGCUAACAUCAACCAGAGGUCCAUGGAAGGAAUAAGAGAUACUGAAAUUGCAAUGGGAGCGUAUCAGCCACAGUAUACAUGGGCUAACCAGGUUUCUGCCCCACGUGGACAGAUUUAUGGCUACAGAAUGUCCUUGUGGGCUGAGCAUAUCGGAGGCAUUGACGAAGACUUCAACCAUCCAGAGAGCCUGGAAUGCAUGAGGCGGGUGCGACAUCUUGGGGAAGAGAACUGGAAGCAGUUCGUUGCUGACGAGGUGACAGAGAUGAGAGGUCACCUCAUGAAGUAUCCAGUAAGCGUUGACCGUAAAGGCAAGGUGAAACCACUACCAGGAUGCGUGACCUUCCCAGAUUUGGGUGGGAACAUCUGUGGCUCAUUUAUGGCCAUCCAGGAAAACCUCACAAUUUGAAUUUUAGUUGGUGCAAUUAUACAAUAGCUGAUGGCUUAUGAAAUUGUGAGGUACCCCAGAUAACAAAAUAGUGCACUAACUUAGGCUGAAAAUUUUGCAAGAGGUAUAGUAUAGGUUGCAGCAGGCAAGUAGGGGAAACGGUAUCAGGGCCUUUCCCCCCUUCAUGCUUUUGCCCUUUUCCUUGAUUCUUUUAGUGCAUAUAUACCCACCCAAUCAAUUUGUUACCUUUGUUUGGUACCUGUAUAGAAAAAUAUGGGAUUCAUGGAUAUGGCAUUUUAGAAGUGCCAAGAAGUUACAUGUAAAUCCUGAAAAUUGUCUUCAUGUAAAUUGAUCCUGCAGAGUAUUUUGAAGUAUUGGCCAUUGAAUUGCAUUUCGCUUUUCAGUAUUC